GGCCUAUAUUAGCCAGAUUCUUUUGGAGUUACUCCUUAAACGUAUAUCGCAUCGCUUGCCGCGUUUUGAUCAAUCGGGCACCAUUUCGGAGAUGCAUAUUCUUUAUGCUUCGUGGUCUGCUGAUCACAGAGUGAUUGACGGUGCUUCAAUUGCCAAAUUCUCAAAUCAUUGGAAAUCCUAUCUGGAAGAACCAUAUCUUUUUCUUUUAGAUCUAAAGGUCUGGCUGAGAUUUCGUUGA